AUGCUCCCAAGCAGCGGUACCCACUACGGUGGUGGUGUGUGUGUGACGAGCCAUCUCAUCAACUGGACUGCAUGGGACUCGGAUCGUCGUCGUCGUAGGACUUUUACCCGAGCGGCAUUUGUGGUUAUUCUACCAUACCUGACGUGCCGGUCCCGACCCUACCUGCCCUACCUGCCCUACCUGCCCUACCUGCCGACCUCUCUAUCUGAGGUGACCGAUCCAGGCUUGAUUAGCGACGAGACGGAUUCGCGCCCCAUCGAGACGACCCAGUCGACCAGCCCCGGCCUAUCGAGGGAGAGGAGCGCACCUCUGGCCAUCAUCACCGCAGAAUUAGAUGGGUUGCCUCACGACCAGCGCACGAUGAACGAUGCCUAUGUCCACAAUGGCACUGGCUUCAACCAUCAGGACCCCAACACCGCCAAUCCAGCAGCCAUGCUCAACCCAUCCGCCUUCAUGACCAAUCCGAACCCCAACCCCAACCCCAACCCCAACCCUUCCUCCUCCUCCUCCUCCUCCUCCUCUUUCGAUCCGGCUCAGUUCCAAAACGCCCAUCUGCAGCAGCGGAUGCAGAACGGAGGGAUGCGCAAUGGCUCGGGGUCGCCCGCCUUCAAUCAUGCCCAAUAUCAGACGAACCCGGUGAUCCCAUCCAAAAGAUCAAGGGAGGACAGCCUGGGGGCAUCACCGCGUCAACCGCCGUCCAUGCUGCCGAACUCGCGGUCGCAAACUCCCCAGCAAGCCCCAUAUGCUGGGUAUCCGCAUAACAACGGCGCGCCCUCCCAUGCGCCGCAGCAGACACCGUACGCCCAUUUGCAGAAUGGUGCUGCAGAUGCCAGCCCGUCGCCGACCAUGGCCAACCAGCUGCGGCCGGGCGGCGUUCCGCAACGCGUCUCGACGGCCUCCCCUCACUCCUUCUCCCCAUCACAAUCCGAACAAGGGAGCCGGACGGACACGCCGCAGAAUGGCCAUCCCUAUACGCACAACUCGAAUUUCGCUCAAGGCUUCAAUCCAAACUUCACGCCUCCCCCGGGACCCACCUCCGCGCCCCCCCAGAGCGGCACACCCCAGAUGCCGCAGUCCCAGAUGUUCCAGCCCGGACAGCAACCGCAGCCGGGACAGCAACGCCCCCAGAAUCAGAUGGAGCAGCCCAAAAUGCUCUACCAGAUGCAGAUGCAGCAUCAGAUGCAGCAACAGCGGAGUAUGAUGGCGCGCCAGGGACCCUUACCUCCCGGGGCCAGUCCGAUGGCCAAGGGGCCAAUGCAGAUGCCAAAUGGGCAGCUUGCUGGACGGCCGCAGCAGCCUCCCAACCCGCCUCGCGGUGGGCCGAACCCCGAAAGCUUCAUGAAAAGCCUGGUGCAAUUCAUGCAGAUGAGACGCCUCCCGCUGGACAUGAACCCCGUGGUGGGCGAUCGCCAGAUUGCACUGCUCACCUUGUACAUGGCCGUGGUCAAGUUCGGUGGAUACAAAAAGGUCACACAGGCCAAUGGGUGGAAUCAGGUUGCUCAGGCCAUGCAGUUCCAUCCCGUCCAACAUCCGGGUGCGGGUGCGCAACUGAGGAACCAUUACGAGCGAAACUUGGCUUUGUUCGAAGAUGCAUGGCAAAUCAACCAACAGCGGCAGAGAGCGGUUAUGAUGCAGCAGAACCCGGCAUUGGAACAACAGAUGUCGCCGACGAAGCAGAUGAAUCCUCAAGCUAUGCAGCAGUCACCAAACUUCGUGCAGCAACAGCACCAGCACCCGCAGCAGCACCACCUUCAGCAGCAGCAGCAGCAGCAGCAGCACCAGCAGCAGCAACAUCAACAACAACAGCAGCAGCACCAGCAGCAGCAGCAACAGGCACCACUACCACCACCACCACUGCCACAACCACAACAUGCAAUUCCGACUCCCGCGAAGCCCAUGCCGCCCACGCAUCAUUCUCAACAACCCUCGGUCAAUGGCUUCUCGACGCCGCAACCAUCCCAAGGGCCUCACUCAGUGGCCCAACAAAGUCACUCGCGAAACAGUCUUUCUCGAAGCAUAGAUCCAACACCGCCGCAAAAUGGACCGGCGUUCCCGAUGCCUUCCCCCAUGCCUGCAUCUCUCCCGGUAAACAUGAUGUCCCGACAAGCAGACCCGGCAGCUCAAGCCGCCCACACCCCCGUGCAACUGCCCGAGAAAUUGCCAGUCAAGAAACGAGUGCUGGAUACGUACGGUGGUUACGAACCGGUCUCGUUGGCUAGCCUCGGACAGGAACUACAGGCGCUGCGACCCGAUGUCCCGAGAGUGGACGAUCUUGGUGUGCUCGGGACUAUCGACCUUCAUGCGUUGACCAUGAGUCUCCAGUGUGGGAUCCACAGUGAGGUGCGGCUGGCUUUAGACACCCUGACGAGUUUGACGAUGUCUAACUUACGGUUGGACAUGCGUCAAUGUGAGGAUCUCGUCGAGUGCAUAAUAGAAUGUGCCGAGGAGCAGGUGGAGUUGCUGGCAGAGAACGCCGCCGAGGUCUCCGACGUGAUGCUGAUCAGCUCGUAUGAAGACGUGGCUCGGGCGUGCCGUGUUGAUCAGCAAGCCUUGAGAGACCUUCCGCCCUUUGGAUCUGCGGAAUACGAGCUCGAUCGAUCCGUGGACCGUUUAAUUUGUCUAACGACCAUCCUCCGAAACCUGUCUUUCGAAGAAUCCAAUCACCUAAUGCUAGCGGAUGAACUUGUCAUCAAAUUCUUCUGUGUGGUCAUCCGGUACUUGGGCACCCGCAACAUGCUCCUGCGCACGAAUCAGAACACCAUCGAUUUUAUGAAAGACGUCAUAACCUUCUUGUCGAACCUGGCGCAGUCGAUCGAGCUCCCUGGACGGGAACAGGCGUUGUGUCUAAUGCACUUCCUCCUCGCCUUCGCCCCGUGUCCACCUCCGAAUGCCGCUGACUCGACCGUCUCAUUCUCGUCCUACGAUCCUGCCGUUCACAUCUAUCUUCCAUGUGCGGUGGACACCCUCGCGAAGCUCUUGGCCCGAGACGAACCCAACCGGUCACAUUACAAGACGAUCUUUGCCUCUGAUGUGGCCUCGCUGCCGCCGUACGACCUGCUCACCAGAACCUUCGGUCUUGCCAUAUCAAUCAUACCUGACGAGAAGGUGGAGUCCCAGCGAGGAGCCCUCGUCGAGGCGCGGAAGCCUUCGAUCAUGCAGGGUAUCCUGGCCGCAGAGAUCCUGUCCAACCUCGCCCCUGGAUACGAUGCGGGCGUGGCACGGUCCUGGUUGACAUCCAAUGAUGGGUUCGCGCAGAAGCUGUCCAAGCUUAUCAUGGCGCUCUGUGUCGAGUCACUCCCGGCACCGCCGCAUCAGAGGGCAGCCGCGUUUCCCAAGGGGGUGGAGGAUGAGGCUCUGCUCAACAUCACCAUGGGCGGCGUCACAGUGCUGCGGCGUCUGGCAGAAAAGUCCAAAGACCCGGAAGGCCUCACUUCCAAUAUACCCCUCUCUGGCCUGCCCUCCAGGGACGACUUGUUACGCGCGCUACGGACGGCCUCGCCCCGACUUCAAGGGGUGUUGAAGCAGUUGUGUGCAUAUUCUGGGCUGGGCACAUAG